AUCAUAAUAAUAACAAAAGCGACGCGACGUAUUUUUAUAAUGAAAACCCGCGUUUUCGCACGUUUUGUGGCCAGAUAUAUCAGUGCAAUAUGUGAUGUGUAAGUGUUAGGAAAAAAAAUUCGCUUAUUCAAAAUAAUGGGUGACAUUAGGGCUGGCCUAGACGAGCUAAAACUUGAUCCAGCCUUGUUUGCCAACGUCAAAUACUACGUUAGCGGUGAAGCAGACCCCAAGAUAUUAAGUUUAUUGCAAGAAGGGGGAGCGGAACGAUCUAAUUAUUUCAGCGACUUUGUAACUCAUCUUAUCGCAGGCCAUGAGGCGCUGGAAAGUGAUAUCUCUGAAGCUAAGGAUCUUUACGAGAUUCCAGCUGUUACGCAGGACUGGAUUCUGUACUCUGUCAAGUGCAAAAAACUACUCCUACCGCAAUAUUUUUCUCCGGAAGAGAACCAACUAUUCUCCAAUGUAAGAGCAUGUGUCUCCCAAGUAAGCCGUGCAGACAGCAAAUCUGUCUGGGCAAUGAUAACGCUCCAAGGUGGCAAAUGUCAGCUACGUUUAGAUCGUCACUGUACGCACCUAGUGAUUGGUAAGGCUGAUGGGGCAAAGUACGAAGCUGCUACAAGACACCGCAUUAAAAUUGUCACACCAGAUUGGGUAACGGACUGUUGUCGAAAUAGAAGUCGCAUUGGUGAAAUUGAAUAUCAUCCUAGGCUAUUAGUAUAUCCAUCACCAAAUAGUUCGACUGCUCUUAUUACUGGCUUUAUGGAUGAAGAUUGUGAGCUGAAUGCGGUUCAACAGGAACAGGAUAGAACAAAGGCAAUGUUGGAAAAACUGAAACAACGAAUGCCUUGGAAUCAGCCUAAUACAUCAGUUACCUCAGCAUCUGCACAAAGUUAUAAUGCUGUAAGAACUUCUGUACAACAGGUUGGUGUACAAGGGCCCAACACCAUUAGCACAUCUAACAUGCAACAGCAGUUCUCACGGGCAACAACUCAGAGUAGUUUACCACACGUCACAAAUGUCUCGUCGAGUAAUAUGCCAAAUACUUCUACUUCCGCAUCUUGGCACCCACAAACAUCGCAAAUGAAUAAUGUUCAAAUGAAAAAUAUCCUACAACAACAACAACAACAACAACAACAGCAACAGCAGCAGCAACACGAAGCACCACAUCCACAAAUUAAUAUUCAGCAACAGCAAUUGAUACAUCAACAGCAGCAACAACAGUUAUCUCAACAACAGCAACACCUCAGCCAUCAACAACAGCAGUUAAAUCAGCAACAACAUUUAGCAGCACAGCAGCAACAGAUAAACCAACAACAACACCAACAACAACUAGAACAGCAGCAACUGACUCCACAAAAACAGCAACAAAUGGUUCAACAUCAGCUACCAUCUCAGGCACAGCAACUAUUAACACCACAACACAAACAACAAAUAAAUCAACAUCAGUUAAUUUCACAGCAACAGCAGCAGCAGCAACAACAACAACAACAGCAGCAACAACAACAACUUGGUCAGCCUAGACAGUUGACUUCACAACACCAAUUGGGUUCACAGCAACAACAUUUAAACACGCAACAACAAUUACAAUUAUCUUCCCAACAACAACAGCUGGCUCUUCAACAGCAACAACAACAAUUGGCGCCACCACAACAACAAUUAGGUCCGCCACCACCAUCGACUCCACAGCAACAAACACUUACCAACGAACAGCGUCAACAGUUACUUUUGCUGCAGCAACAACAACAGCAACAGCAGAAAAUACAACAAAUUUCACAACAGCUUCAACAGUCAGCCCCUCAAAGUACGCAACAAUUUGUGAUUAGAGACGGACAGCUACAACAGCAAAGUGCAACUCAACAACAAUUGAUAUCACAAAAUCAACAGGGUCUCAUCGUUCAGCGAGAUCCUCAAUGGCAACAACAACAGUAUCAUUUACAAUUGCAAAGGCAACAGCAACAGCAACAAAUUGGCCAACAACAAAGGCCUGGCGGUCAGUGGGCCCAGCAGCCGCAACAUCCUCCGAGACAACUAAUACAACUUGAUGCGCAAACUCAUCAACAUUUACAACAAAUGGACCCAACACAAAGAGCACAAUUUAUUCAGAAAAUACAGAAACAGCGGAAUUUGAUACUGCAAAGACAAAUGCAAAGUAGACAAGCGCAGCAAGGGCCUCAUAUAGCAGUUAUAAGGAGUCCUGGAAAACCAGGUCAGCCAGGAGGAUUGCAAUGGGUUCAGCAACAACACAGAGCUCAGUUAAUGGGACCUCAGGUCGGACCAGCUCCAGGACAAAAACCAAUGAUCCCGGGAGCUCAGCCUCCGGCACUCACACCAAUAAACUCAUCAAAUCCAGUUAUAGUACAAGCAGCCCAAUCUGUCUCAGGUGGCCAAACUACACAACCUGGUCAGGUGUUUCAGCAGGGUCAACCUCUGACACAGCAACAGCUGACUCAGUUGCACGUGCAGAAGCAACAGCAAAUAGCAAGAUUGCAACAGCUGCAACAUUUACAGCAGCAACAGCAGCAGCAACAGCAACAGCAACAGCAACAGCAGCAGCAGCAAGGUCCACAGCAAGAACCUACGUUAACGCCAUUGUCAGGAAAUUCGCAAAUACCACCUGAUCAACAGUUGGUUGUCAAUGCUAAAACAAAAACGGCGCUUGCCAAUAUGCUUACAAGUAGACUGCAAGGCGGUGCUGCUGAAGGUAGCGCCGCUGGUCAACUUCGGUUGAUGACUGCUCAACAUAGACCACCUCCGCCACCUUCACAGGACCCUCAAUUGCUAGCAGCUUAUCAGAGAAGAACACUCGGAAACAUUACAAACGGUGCACCGCCAGGUGCACCUGUAAAAAUGCCGUAUGCAGUCGCUAUUCCACCGCCGCGAGCGCAGUUUUACGGACACAAUCCAAACUUGAAAUUGCCUCCAGACUUGUUUCUUCUUGGCUGCAUUUUUGUGAUUGUUGAAUAUGAUACUCAACAGCCAGACGAGGUCCUAAAUUGGAAACAAGUAAUUGAGCGACACGGGGGAGAAGUUGAAACGCAGUAUUGCGCCCGUGUAACUCACAUAUUAGCCAUGACGCAAAAACACCCGAUAGUGAAUCAAGCUCUACGAGAAGUUAAGCGCUGUGUCAGUGCACAUUGGUUGUCCGACGUUAUUGGAAAACAGCAAGUCUUACCACCUUGGCAUGCACUGCAUUUUCCCACCCCAUUCGGCUUGCAAGAGUUGCCUUGCACCAAACACAUUGUGUCUUACUCUGGAUUUGAGGGAGAAGAAAGAGCUAAAGUUAAAUUUAUGCUAGAAGCAUUAGGUGCAAAACAUACUAGUUACUUCUCUAAACACAAUACGCUGCUCGUCUGUAGAAGACCCGAUGGACCGAAAUACAAAAAAGCUAGAGAAUGGCAGACUGGAGUAGUUAAUGCACAGUGGAUGACUGAUUUGCUGUGUGGUCAAACCAGCGCGCUUCAUCAACCUGAAGCCACAAAAUACCAGCAAUUUAUCCUGGGCAAUCCAUUUCGACUGGAUUAUAACUUAGUGCCUCAUCUAAUGGGUGCUUGGAAAAUGCCAAUCAACAUAACACAAGAAUCUUAUGACAAAGUGAAACAAGUUGGUCAAGGUCCUAAUGCAAUGAGAAAAAACAAGAAGCCUCGAUUAGAUGGACCGUUACUAAAUAAAGAUCCACAUCUUUUGGGCCUUGACGAACAAAUAGUUAUUAGCAAUCCAGACCCACCACCACCUGAUAAACAGCCUAGAAUACUAUUUUCUGGGAUAAAUCCUAGAAAAUAUGCAAAGAGAAUCCGAGAACUUGGCGGGGCUCUGGCUGUCAAUUGGCGUGAUGCUACACAUCUUGUCAUGUCUGCACCAUUUCGUACUGUAAAACUAUUAUGUUGUCUAUCUCAUUGUCGGCAUAUCGUUACGAUACAGUGGCUCGUUGAUUGCUUUACGAGAAACACGUUUGUAGAUGAGAGCCCUUAUGUACUCGGCAGCCUUGAAUUUGAGAAAAAUUUCAGCUGCAACAUUGAGAAAGCCCUUGCCAGCCCCAACAGAGGAACUGUACUUAAGGGUAGGAUAUUUUAUGUAACACCUAGUGUUAUACCGUCUCCAUUGGCAUUCGCUGAAAUAAUCGAAAGUGCAGGUGGCACAAUAGAAAAGACAAGACGAUCUCUUAGCCAAAUACAAGAGCUGAAUGCGACCAGAUUGACUUACAUUAUUGUGACUCAUGAAAACGAUCUUCAUCUUCUUGCCGAUGUUUUACAUGCUAAUAUCAGUGUCUUCAGUGCUGGAAUUGUUUUUGAAGCUGUGGCGCGGCAGUGCUUUCAGCCAGAUAUAAGCCAAAUAUGAUGGGACCAGCCAUAACAACUGUAUUGACUCCCUUAUUGCCAAAUUAUGAAGUCACUG